AGUUAACACUCAACAGUGCUAAUAUUAACCGAUUUCUCAGUAAAAAAAUUAAUUUUAUUCACGAAUUUGUGCAGGCUGCUGAAGGACAAUAUAUAUGCAUUUGAUUCUUCUGAGCCUUCCACUUAUUUGAUUCUAGUGAGAAGCGACGAGUGUGGGAGUGAGAGAGAUGGAAGAGAUUGGUUUUUUGGGGUUGGGUAUAAUGGGCAAAGCCAUGUCUAUGAAUUUGUUGAGCCAUGGCUUUAAGGUUACUGUAUGGAACCGCACUCUCUCGCGGUGUGACGAGUUGGUCAAGCAUGGAGCAACUGUAGGAGAAACUCCUGCAGCUGUAAUAAAGAAAUGCAAGUACACCAUAGCAAUGCUGUCUGAUCCUGCUGCAGCUCUAUCAGUGGUUUUUGAAAAAGAUGGUGUGCUAGAGCAAAUUGGUUCCGGGAAAAACUACAUUGACAUGUCAACUGUUGAUGCUGAGACUUCGUCAAAAAUUAGUGAGGCAAUUACAUCAAAGGGCGGUUACUUCCUGGAAGCUCCAGUAUCAGGUAGCAAAAAGCCUGCUGAGGAUGGUCAACUGGUAAUCCUUGCUGCUGGAGAAAAGGCGUUAUAUGAUGCAGCCCUGCCUGUAUUCGAUGUAUUGGGGAAAAAAUCUUUUUUUCUAGGGCAAGUCGGCAAUGGAGCUAAAAUGAAGCUUGUUGUCAACAUGACUAUGGGCAGCAUGAUGAAUGCAUUUUCUGAAGGAAUUGUCUUGGCCGACAAAAGUGGACUGAACCCUCAAACUCUUCUUGACGUAUUGGAUCUUGGUGCUAUUGCGAACCCCAUGUUCAAAAUGAAGGGACCAUUUAUGAUCCAGGGCAGUUACCCCCCUGCAUUCCCUCUGAAACAUCAGCAGAAAGAUAUGAGGUUAGCUCUCGCCCUUGGGGACGAAAACUCAGUUGCGAUGCCAGUGGCGGCUGCUUCUAAUGAGGCAUUCAAGAAGGCUAGAAGCAUGGGACUAGGCGACCUUGACUUCUCCGCUGUGCAUGAGACUGUUGCUUCCAGCAAAAGCUCAUCAUAAUUCUACCAUAUAAAUCUGCAUUCGCCUCAAACGUCACUGCUGCUGGUUUUGUCAAUUGGUCGUGGAAUAAUUUGCAGAAUGUUAGACGAUGCUUAGCAGCAGUGAUCAUGUUAGCACUGAUGUUUGCAGUUUAUCAAUUUGAGAUUAAGAUGAUGGAAACACUUUUGAUUUGCGUUGAUACAUCAAAAGGAGCUUUUGAGCA